AAAAUCAUUUCCCAGUUGCCUACACCAAUUUAUCGUAGGAAGAGUUCAAACUUUACAUCUUCUGUUUGAAAAGAGAGUAAAAACACACACUAUUUCGUAGUGUUUGAUGGAUCGUCCACGCCCGAGACAGAGAGCGGUCUUAUCUGGAUUCACCAAAGCCGAGAUCAAGAAGAUGGAGAAAUUGUUAGUGGGACCAAGAGAUUUACUGCAGAGUAAGGUGUUUUGUCAAAAAAUUGCUAGGAAAUUCAGCUCAUCCGCAUAUCGUGCAAGCAAACCUCGUAUUAAAUGGACCAAGGUACGAAGUUGGUUCUUAGCUAGGCAGAAAGAAAGCACAUCUAAGGUUCCUUCCUUAAGCGAUACAUCCAAAACCGAGUCCAGGAUCUCUGAAACUUGCUCUCUGGACAAUGGACCUCAAAUUUCUCGGCUUCUCAAAGUGGGAGAAAAGGUCUGUGACCUCUCGGAACUACAGUUUGAGGCAAAGUCAUCUAAAGAUGGAGCAUGGUAUGAUGUUGAUACGUUUCUCACACAACGACUUCUUGGUUCUGGUGAAGCUGAAGUUCUUGCUAGAUUUGUUGGAUUUGGGGCUGAUGAG